GCAUAGCCAGAGCAAUGACCUUAAUGGAACAGAGCUUUCAGGAGUCUCCUCCACACCCUUCUGACGCGGCCAAGGCAGACAUGGAUGUCUCAGGAGGGAAGGAGAAGGCUGUGCACCUCUCCACGGCAAGGACUGGAGUGCUGGUGCCCAAGCAGCGAGCAACAGGAAGGCUGAUCAUGCACAGCAUGGCGAUGUUUGGAAGGGAGUUCUGCUAUGCUGUGGAGGCUGCCUUUGUCACGCCGGUGCUGCUCAGUGUAGGGCUGCCCAAGAACCUGUACAGCCUGGUGUGGCUCAUCAGCCCCAUCCUGGGCUUCGUGCUGCAGCCCGUGGUAGGUUCUGCCAGUGAUCACUGCGCCUGUAGCUGGGGCAGGAGGCGACCUUACAUUCUGGGUCUGGGCAUCAUAAUGCUGGUAGGCAUGGCUUUGUACCUCAAUGGGGACGAGAUGGUCUCAGCUUUCAUCGGUGAAAGAGACAAGCAGCGGACAUGGGCAAUAGUCAUUACCAUGCUGGGAGUAGUGCUUUUUGAUUUUGCAGCUGACUUUAUUGAUGGCCCCAUCAAAGCAUAUUUAUUUGAUGUCUGCUCUCAUCAAGAUAAAGAGAAGGGUCUGCAUUAUCAUGCCCUAUUUACAGGCUUAGGAGGAGCGCUGGGCUACCUGACAGGUGCUGUGGACUGGGGUGAAACUGUACUAGGAUACACCUUGACGUCAGAAUUCCAGGUGAUUUUCCUCUUGUCAGCCUUGGUUUUCCUCAUCUGCCUUAUUGUACAUCUACGCAGUAUUCCUGAAGUCCCACUCAGAUGUGACAAUGAAGAGACAAAGCUCUUGUUGGAAGUGACUGAGCCCUAUAAGUACAGCUCCAUAGAGGAAAUCAAGAAAGGAUACUUAUCAUGUACUGACUUAAAUGCUACAAGUAAGCCGAAGAAAGGUACUGACACAUCAUGUACAGAGGCUCAAAGGCGGAUGACACUUAAAUCACUCUUGAAGACUCUUUUAAGCAUGCCAUCCCAUUAUCGCUAUCUGUGUGUGAGCCACCUCUUUGGAUGGAUGGCUUUCCUGUCCAACAUGCUCUUCUUCACGGAUUUCAUGGGACAGGUUGUGUACCAGGGUAGUCCUUAUGCUUCUCAUAACUCCACACUUUACCAUACCUACAGAAGAGGAGUGGAGGUUGGAUGCUGGGGGUUGUGCAUCAAUGCAAUUGCAUCUUCAGCCUAUUCUUACCUGCAGAAAGUCCUUCUACCAUACACAGGAUUAAAGGGACUUUAUUUCAUUGGAUACCUACUUUUUGGACUAGGCACUGGGUUGAUUGGCUUGUUUCCCAAUGUCUAUUCCACUUUGGUUCUGUGUUCACUUUUUGGAGUCAUGUCCAGCACUCUGUAUACUGUGCCGUUCCAGCUCAUUGCAGAGUAUCACAAAGAAGAAGAGGACCUGAAUCUGCAGCAGAAAGAACAAGGCAUGGAGCACGGGAGAGGCAAGGGCAUUGACUGUGCUGCUCUCACCUGCAUGGUCCAGCUGGCACAGAUCAUUCUUGGUGUGGGCCUUGGUCUCUUGGUCAGUGUUGCCGGCAGUGCAGUCACUGUGAUUUCAGCAUCAAUGGUGGCACUGGUUGGCUGCUGCUUUGUUGCUUUUUGUGUUCGAUAUGUGAGGUAAGACUGUGUGAAACAAUUGGAAGAAAAAAACCCAGAAGAUCAGCACUGUUGCCAUCCUGGUACUGCUGGUACCUCCUCCUCCCUUACCUGCUUGGAGCAGCUGCAAUUACGGAGCAUCACUUAACCACAAAGUGAAGACUUGAUGAAAUUGGUUGCCUAAUGCCUCAGGUAGAAAGCUUCUCCAUUCUGAGUGCUUUACUACUGCCUUCCUGCUGACCUCAGUGCAUGGACAUGCUAUUACACUUGAAGACACAUCUGCCUGUGGUAUGUUGAUACCCUACAUGAGGAGUCAUCGUGAAACUCAUUAUCAGUUUGUGGAAGAGAAUAGAUGAAGUAUGUGUUGAAUUGAAGAAGUUGAUUGAACAGAGCUAAGAUUAAACUUUUUUUUUUCUUCUCAUUUUCAUCUUAGUUUUGGGGAUAUUCCUUUUGAUGGUCUAAAGCUGCAGGAGCAUCAAGCAGGUGUCAGAGGUCAUGUGUCACCAUGUUGCAUGGUUAGUAUGUAGGUCACUCCAAAAGUAAUGCCUCCUAUUUAUUUCCACAAAAGCUAUGACAGAUUCAAAGAGACAAUUACACUUUUCGAUAAAGCAAAUUCUCACCUGCAAAAUGCCACCAUUAGCUACGUACCUUUGCCAGUGAUGAAAGAAAGCCUUCAUUCAUCAGUGGAGAUGGCCCACUGUCGCACCACCCACCACCAUGCCAAUAUCCACUCUUUUGAUCUCCACAAACAUUCAGCAAGUGUUGGUGAAUGU